AUGGCACCGAAAAAAGAAGAAACUGCUGAAAACGCUCUCGCUCGAGCACGUGUCAAACGCGACAACGUUUUAAACUCCAUAAAAGGUAUUCACGUCACAGCUUUAGCCGCACGUUCUGAUGCCGAUCGAGUGCCGUCGUUAAUUAUUCACGCCGAAGAUUUAAAUCAAUAUGUCGAACAAUUUCAACGUCAACAAGACGUUAUAAUUAACGCGUUAAUCGAUCUUGACCGUGUGGCCGAGUUUGAUCAGGAUGAUCGUCCAAUGAUCGCAUCUAUGGAGACUAUGCGUCUCGAAAUUAAAACUGUCGUCGCGAGUGUGUCCGAAAUAAAAUCGUCGUCUUCGUCGUCUAUCGCGUCCGCGCCUCAACAAUUCGUUCCGUUACCGAAAAUUCAGCUGCCCAGCUUCGACGGUAAUCUAUUGGAGUGGCGAUCGUUCCGCGAUAUUUACGUUUCUCUCGUACAUGACAACACCGGCAUUGGCGAUGCCGAACGGUUUCACUAUCUAAAGUCGUGUUUAUCGGGCGACGCUCUCGCUGUUGUCAAGUCAUUUCCGUUAUCCGCGAAUAAUUAUGUCCUCGCUUGGGAAGCAUUGUCCGUUCGGUUUGAUAAUAAGCGCCUGCUAGCGUCGGCACACUUAGAUAAGUUAUUUGCAUUCAAACCUAUUGCACAUCAGUCGCUACCAGCCUUGACGUCGUUUAUCAACACGUUCAAAGAAAAUGUAGCCAUAAUUAAAGCGCUCGGUGUCAACGACCUGUCAAGUUUUUUAUUAUUUCACAUGGGAUCCCGAGUUCUCGAUUCGACGACGAUUCAAUUAUUCGAAUCCAAUGCGUCGAAUUCGACAAUUCCGACGUUCGACGAGUUACUCAGUUUUGUACAACAACGCUGUCGAGUAUUAGAGAACAUAAAAAAUUCCAGUAAAUCUGAUAUUUCAACGAAACCACACGAAAAAUAUAAUACGCGUAAUAAAACUGUUAUAUCGAAAAAAUCAGUGUUUGCCGCCACCACAUCUACAUCGGUCAAGUCUAAGUCACGAGGUUGUUUGUCAUGCGAUAAGGCUGACCAUAGUAUUUACCGUUGUCCAAAGUUCAACGAUAUGACAGUUGAAAAGCGCCGCGAAUUCGUAGCGGCUAGAAAAUUAUGUUUUUCAUGUAUGAGUCAGUCUCAUGUGCUCAACGCGUGUUCAUCAACAGGGGUGUGCCGCUCGUGCAGUAGUAAGCGUCACCACUCCUUGCUACAUCUUAAUACCGAUCAGUCAUCGGCCGUGAACAAAACUAAUCAGAGUACCAGCUCAGGUCCUAGUUCAGGUCCCUCCGCCGACAAGUCAAGUUCCUUUUCAGGUGCAGCAUGCACCAACUCCACGGUCGUCCUCGGUACGGCCAUAAUUCACAUCAAGGACGCCUGGGACCAAAUUCAUUCCGUUCGAGUACUUCUCGACAGUGGGUCUCAAAUUUCGGCCAUCUCAAGCGACUGCUUCGCUCGGUUAGGACUAUCGAAACGCCGUUUUAAAUCCGACGUCGUAGGUCUCGCGCAAAGUCCAGUGAACCACGUGCAAGGUGUCACCAGGUGUCAAUUUUCGUCGCGUUUUAAAUCUGAUUUGUUCCCGUCUGUUGAACUAGUUAUUCUAAAACAAAUUACCGGCGUCAUGCCAUCCACACGGUUGCCGACAACCGUGCGUCAACAAUAUCGACACCUCCGUCUCGCGGACGAGAACUUCGAUAUUCCGUCGUGCAUCGACGUUUUAUUCGGCGCCGAUAUUUUACCUAGUCUUAUCCGCUCUCACGCGGGUGUGGAGCACCACUCGGGUUUACCAUCGGCCCUCGACACCCAGCUCGGAUGGAUAAUUUUUGGUUCGUUUUCUACUCCGAGCAAGUCACCCCCAGUCACGCUGACCACCGCGAUCGCUCCACCGUCAAUUGGAGAUCUAUUACAACAAUUUUGGUUGGUCGAAGAACCCACCGCACCUACGUCACCCACCACGGAAGAUCAGUGGUGUGAAGAAUAUUUUACCAAAUCUACUUCGCGGGAUUCCACCGGUCGAUUCUGUGUCGCUCUACCAUUUCGUCAUUUGUUUGCGAGCACAGCUCAACAACAAGACACACCGCGUCACGGUCUCGGCGACUCGCGCUCCAUCGCGUUGAAACGGUUUUAUAACCUAGAAAAACGGUUGGCUAAGGACUCCGAAUUGUAUGCUGCUUAUCGUAAAUUCAUGUCCACCUACCAAACACUAGGACACAUGGUACCGGCUCCGGAACCCGACGUCCUUACUAGAGCUGCUUAUGUCGACGACAUCGUUAUCGGAGCUGACACCGAAGAGCUCUUACUACGUCGGAAGGAAGACGUUGUCGGUCUACUACGCAACGGUGCCUGUAUGUUGAGCAAGUGGACUAGCAACAGUACCACCGUUCUCGAGUCCGUUUCUCCCGAUGACCGUGUACUCUCUAUAUCGUUCGAUCCGCGCGAAGAACACGCCGUAAAGGUCCUCGGCCUGCAUUGGGACACGAAAACCGACAAGUUUGCCUAUCAUACCCGGCUUGAUCAAAUUUCUUCGACGAAACGUCAGGACGGUAUCUACAAGCGCCCGGUCGUGAAACUCGUGCGUUUACCGGUCGAGCCCUGA